UACCCACCACAAGGACACCAAUAUCCACAGCAUGUACCACCACAACCUUAUGGUGCACCACCACAUGUUCAUGCACCACCGCCGGUAAUGGUUCAUGACAAUCAUCAUCAUGAUCCUCAUCAUCAUGUACCUCAUCAUGAUCAUCAUCACGAUCAUCACGAACAACAUCAUCAUGAUCAUCAUCAUGGUCAUCACUAG